AUGCCAGUCUACUUUGCACUCAUGCCGGUGGACGCACCACCCGACUCGAACAGGCUCUCGGCCGCCCAGGCACUUUCCCCCGAGCUUUUGACGGAUAUCGCUGAAUACGUCCGUCAAUUCGAGAUUUACGACACUAUUUGGGUGCAUCGGUUGAACCGGGACGUCUGCAAUGCGUCUUUGGUCUGCAGAUCCUGGCGUGACGUAUUUCAGCGACAGCUAGUGGCACGACUUAAUCUCUUCACGUCCAGGCAGGCGAAUGCGCUACUCGCGUCCCCCUUGAUCGAAAGGUACGCCACCCAUGUCCUGUCGCUCAAGUAUCUCGACGACGUGGAUCAUGUCAAGGUCAUUGGAGGACUACGUUUCGUCACGGAACUCUACCUCAGCUGUUCCACAUCGGACACGCUCACCAUUGAUCAAUCGGUGUUGCAAACCUUCCAAGGUACGGAAUGUGGUUCAUUUUGA